AUGGGCAAGUUGUCCGGGACAGAUUCCCUGGAGGACCUGAAGCCUGAUCUCCGCGCACAGAUGCGUUGGGCGAUCCUGGAUGGCUUUGCACCAAACAAGUAUGACUUCGUCUACCUUCCCUUUGACCGCAAGAAGGAAACCAACAUCGCCUUGGCCUUUGUCAACUUUGUUGACAGCGAGUCCGCUAGGAAAGCAUUGGAAGUCUUUGGAUCGCGCAGCAUUGCCUCGUGUCGGAACGUGCGGGUGAGCUCGGCCAACGUACAGGGCUUUGCAACCAACCUCGCCUACUUCCUGGCACGUUUCGGAUUGCACGCGCUCUCGGAGCCCAAUGCGCCGCUGAUAUUCCAGGACGGGAAAGAAGUCACCAUGCAGGAGAUUGUGGUGCAGCACGUGACGCCAGAACUGUUGAAUGAGGCAAUGAAGCUCGUUCGAGCAGAGCGGAUGGGCGAGCGGCACGGGGAUGGCAGUAUCCGCCGCGCCAAGUGCUUUCUGUGGAAGGACUCAGAUUCCAGACCGGUUGAGCUGGAUACGUCCUUACGUGGCAGUGGGAAGCAUGCUGGCAGGAUGCGUCAAACCAAGGAGGAGAGGCUCAAGAAGGGAGCUGGAGUGUCAGGUGGCCCAAAAGUAGCAGAGGUGCAGAAAGAGCGUGCCCCGAGCAAGCUGAAGCUCUCCAACAAUGAGGAAGUGGACCUCGACGGCUUCUCAGUCUACCAGCACACGUCGGGUAUGUUGGUCUUUUCUUUGUGA